GUUCACCGUCACUUUGUCUGCACAUUUUCUGCGACGUCUAUCAGCCAUCUUGCUCUUAAUUGUUACUGUGGACCUAUCUAAGCCUGCGUUAGACAACAUCCCAUUCCGCAUUCAAAUGGCGAGCAAAAUCUGUUUAUCGAAUGAUGACUAUACAGUCGGAUGGAUCUGCGCCUUACCACCGGAAAUGGCCGCCGCAAAGACAAUGCUCGAUGAGAUCCACGGAGAGCCAACUGUGCAGUCUAAUGACCACAACGCCUAUAUUUUCGGACGAAUUGGAACACAUAAUGUUGUGGUCGCAUGUCUACCAAGUGGACAAUACGGAACGACAUCCGCUGCUGUCGUAGCUAUGCAGUUGUUGUCUAGUUUCCACUCGAUUCGCUUCGGUCUUAUGGUGGGAAUCGGAGCUGGGGUUCCGAGUGAGGAGACAGACAUUCGUCUUGGAGAUGUGGCAGUCAGCGAGCCAACGGAUACAAACGGAGGAGUGGUACAAUAUGAUCUCGGCAAGGCGUUGGAAGGCGGCGAGUUUCAACGAACGGGCAUGCUGAAUCGUCCACCGCAGAGUCUGUUGACAGCGUUGUCGAAAUUAAGGGCAAACCAUCUCACGGAGGAAAGCCAAAUGGCUAGUUUCCUGGCUGAUAUUGAACGCAAAUUCCCGAAACGAGCGGCGAAUUUCGCACGUCCGACGGAGGACGACAAUCUGUUUCUCAGCAACUACAGCCACAAUGGAAAGGGUACCAAAGCUUGCAAUGCCUGUGAUACGACUCAGACUGUCCGACGAGCCUCGCGAGACCACAGUGAUCCGGUUAUACAUUACGGAGUGAUUGCCUCAGCCAACCGAGUUGUGAAAGAUAGUCAACUGCGCGACCAGCUUAGUCGUGAAUUAGGUGCGAUCUGCGUGGAAAUGGAAGCUGCAGGGCUCAUGAGCAACUAUCCAUGUAUUGUGAUACGUGGAAUAUGCGACUAUGCGGACUCUCAUAAGAAUGGAGCAUGGCAGGGAUACGCUGCAGCAGUGGCAGCGGCAUAUGCGAAGGAACUUCUUCUGACGACAUCCACGAGCCAUAUUGACCAAACAUGUACUGCACGAGAUCGACUGGCGACAUCGGUCCAGGUCCACAAUUUUCGAGUUCCGUUAGACCUUACUUCAGUGCCUGUGAUUGAGAGUUUUUUAGGGCGACCAGAUGAGCUGGAACAGCUAUGGCACUAUCUACAACCCGCACAUGACCAGUCACGAAAGGUUGCUAUUCUCCACGGUCUUGGAGGUAUGGGCAAGACACAACUGGCGAUUCGAUUUGCACGAGAGCAUAAGAACGAUUUCACCGCUAUCUUUUGGUUGAGUGGUAAAAGUCGAAGUGCGCUAUUGCAGUCUCUGGGAUCAGUGCUGGCCCGUAUACCAGGGUAUGCUGCUGAUGGUGAAGCAACAAAGGAUGAAGAGGUAGAGCAACGCGCUAGACAGGUACUCCAGUGGCUAGCUACGGAAGGGAACUCUCGUUGGCUCAUGAUCCUCGACAAUGUUGACCACGAAUACUUCAGCAAAGAUCCCGAUACAUAUGACCUGAGGGACUUUUUCCCCACAGCAGAUCAUGGUUCUAUUCUGAUCACCUCCCGACUUGCAAAACUAGCCGAGUUGGGAAGGUCCUUUCCUGUCGAGAGACUCGAACCGAAGGCAGCAAUGCAGCUACUGCUCCAAAGUAGUGGCCUUUCGAGACGCGACAAUAUGACAGAGAAGGGGAAACAUCCAGAUAUCGAACUCCUUGCCGAUCGUCUAGAUGGAUUGCCAUUGGCAAUUGUCAUUGCUGGCGCAUUUAUUCGUGAAACUGGGAGCAGUGUCACCGAGUAUCUCCAAUUUUACAACAAUUCUUGGUAUGAGUUGCAGUCAGCAUCGAGCGUCGGCCACCAGUAUCAGCAAGGCAAUUUGAUGCAAACCUGGAUGGUAUCGUACCGUGAUAUCCAGAUGCGAGACCCAGAUGCGGCAGAAGUGCUACUCCUAAUCUCACAUUUCGAUAACCGAGAUAUCUGGUAUGAAUUGGUGAAGAGUGGCGGUCGCCAUCCUAAUGCCCCAGCUUGGCUGACUAGGGCGGUUUCAAGUGCACUGGCUUUCAAAGCCAUCAUGAGAACACUCAUCGGAUUCUCUUUGGUUGAAACCAGCCAACGAGAUGGCAGCUAUGCAUUGCAUCCGGUUGUACAAGACUGGUGUCUUGAAGUUUCUCGCAAAGGCAAUGAAGAGAGCUUGACCUUAUUCAGGGAACUAGCAUUGCUAUCUGUUGGUUACAUGGCCAUCGGUUUGGGUGACAAGCAGUUGCAUAGGAAUUACCGGAGGCUUUUAUCACAUGCCAAGUUUAUCCACCACGAAGACCUGGAAAGUGAGCAUCCGGCAAUAUUGAAUGCACUACUGGGCCUAGGCCUUCUCCACUUUCAUGUGGAGAACUGGAAGGAGGCAGAGUCAAUGUAUCAGCGAAGUUUACUGGGAUUUGAGAAAUUACCAGGUCCGUGUGACAAACUAAACCUCAAUUAUAUCAAGAACUUUGUUCAGCGAUAUCCUUAUAAGGACAGGCCGAAGGAGGCAGAAUCAAUAUAUCAACGGAUUUUGCUGUGCGAAGAGAGAUUACUGGGUCCAGAUCACGUAUCGACUCUUGCGACAGUCAAUCACCUUGGCAACAUCUAUCUUAACCAGGGCAGAUUGAGAGAAGCAGAACAUAUGUAUCAACGGGCCCUAACAGGGUUUGAAAAUUGGCUGGGUCAAUGUGAUGCGUCUGAUAGUCGUGCGAUGUACAGCCUAGCGGUGGCCUACAGGAAGCGAGGCGAGAUAGAGAAAGCGAACGAAUCGUAUCGGCAAACACUCUUGGUCGAAAAAAGGGCACGAGGCCCGGCUCAUAUAUCUUAUCUCCACUGUGUCCGCGAUCUCGCCACCUUCUAUGCUGAACAGAAUGACUUGGAAGGGGCAAAGGAAUUGUUUCAACAGGCACUGACAGGGUAUGACAAUGCAUUAGGUCCAGACCAUACAUAUGUUCUUCACACCCUCGCAGACCUUGGAAAAAUGUACAGGCAUGAGGGCCAGCGAGAAAGAGCAGAAGAAAUGUUUCGGCGAGCAAUAACAGGAUUUGAAAAUAUUUGUGGCCCAAAUCAUGAAUCCACCUUGGAAGUCGUCAAUAAUCUGGGAUAUCUGUACCUGGAUCAGGGGAAACUAAAGGAUGCGGAAAAACUGCUUCAGCGAGUCUUAGACGGCAGAGAAAACGCGCUUGGUUCAAAUAAUCCGUCCACAUCGCAAGCAGCCGCUACUCUUGCUUAUGUCUACUGGGACCAGGGGAAGCUGCAAGAAGCCGAAGUGCUGUUUCAGCACGCCCUAGCAGGCAGGGAAAACGCUUUAGGGUCAAAUAAUCUAUUGACCUUGAAUUCAGCUCAAAACCUUGGUGUUGUCUACGCGGAGCAAGGGAAAUUCCAAGAAGCAGAAAUGAUGCUUCAGCGAGCCCUUGCAGGCAUAAAAGAUCUUUUGGGCCCAAAUCAUACAUAUAGCUUGAGUGUAGCUAGGAGCCUGGGUCUUCUCUACAUGGAACAAGGCAAGUUUGAGGAAGCGGGGGCGAUCUGUCAAAUUGAUUCAGACACCAAGGAGAACAGGUCGAGCUCAUACCAAACGAGCAUCCAAGAAGGUGAUCAGGUGGGAAGUGAAACAAGAGUCAGAUCGACGGGACAUCAAAGACUGGGAAAGGCCAUCAAGGCUGUAUUUAAACGGUAGUGUGUGGUUAUUAGACAAGUAUGUUGCGAUUCGCAAGAGAAAGAAAAGGCAUUCCGAUUAUACGACCUGGG